UGAAAAGUUGGCAACACUUGGAGAAUAUUUAAAAGGGGUGUGCCACAUCAUGUGGUAUGUAGUCUCUCAAAUUUACGUAUUUAAAACACGGCUUGUAUUGCCACAAUGUCUAGAGAUCGUCUCCCCACUCUCUACGAGAUCUACAGCCACGGAGGAUAUCGUUCGGGCUUGGAAGCCAGAGAGAAUUCGUUUUUUCUGAAUGACAAGCCAUUUCAGAUCAUCAGUGGCACUCUGCAUUAUUUUAGAGUGGUGCCGGAAUACUGGGACGAUAGACUGAGAAAGAUGAAGGCCUGCGGAUUGAAUAGCGUGGACAUUUAUGUUCCGUGGAAUCUUCACGAAGAAUUGCCGGGAAAAUUUAAUUUCGAAAGAGGUAUAUGCGACCUGCCUGCCUUUCUGUCCGCGGUUAAGAGCGCAGACAUGUUUGUCGUCUUCCGUCCCGGACCCUACAUAUGCGCUGAAUGGGAUUUCGGCGGAUUGCCCGGAUGGCUCUUGAAGGACAAAAAUAUGGCAGUUAGAUCGAAUUACCCGCCUUAUAAACUCGCGGUUAAAAGGUAUUUUACCAGACUGGCAGAAGUCGUCAGAGAUUUCUUGUUCGGUGCGAAUUUCGGACCGAUAAUAGCCAUACAGAUAGAAAAUGAAUUUAACGAAUUUGGUAAUGCCAACGAAAACCCAGAUGACUUGCAGUAUAUGUCAUUUCUUAAAAAUACAUUGGAAGAGUUGGGACUCAAAGAAUUAUUCUUCACUUCUGAUGCAGUUUCUCAAAUGAAUUCUCCUUUCACACUACCCGAUGUUUUGAUGACUGCAAAUUUUCAGAUUAGAGUGGAAGAAGAAUUAUCUGCUCUGAAAAAACUUCAACCCAAUAAACCUCUAUACGUGGCAGAGUUCUGGUCGGGAUGGUACGAUCACUGGACUGAAAAACACAAUACCUUUUCCGUCGAGGAAUAUGAAAAAAAUUUAAAAAUUAUUCUGGAAAAUAAAGCCUCACUGAAUAUAUAUGUAUUUCAUGGCGGCACCAAUUUCGGUUUCUACAACGGUGCCAACGAAGGGUUUCCCAAUCCCGAAUGUGCUUAUUCUCCCACGGUCACCUCUUACGAUUACGAUGCACCUCUGACGGAAUCCGGCGAUUACACGCCGAAAUACCAUGUCACCAAGAAGAUUAUUUCCGAAAUGAGUAUUAAAAACUUUACCUGUUUCGUUCCUCCGUUGCCUCUGGAAAGUCAAAAGAUGAAAAUUCUCGACGUGGGUUUGUCGGGAGUUUUGCAUCUUGGCGAUAUUCUAGAAUUUAUCAAAGGUAUAAAAAUGAAAAAAGUAAGACCUAUGGAAUUUCUUGAUGUCUAUGAUGGAUCGGGACAAAAUUUCGGAAUGACAUUAUACAGAACUAAAAUUGCCGAGGGUGGUAAACUGUCUUUUCCUAACGGAAUGGCCGACAGAGCCAUUAUAUUAGUGGAUAAUAGAAAGGUUGUGGUGUGGGAUUGGAAACAGAACACCAGAGAGAUACGUAUACCUCAUCUGGAAAAUGGAGAUCACUGUUUAGAUAUUUUGGUAGAAAAUAUGGGAAGAGUAAAUUAUGGUGUACCCCUUAAAUUAAAUUCUCAAAGAAAAGGGCUUUGGAAUCCUGUGCUUCUAGAAGAAAAAGAACUUCGUAACUGGUCGGUAUAUCCGUUACAAUUUGAUGAAAAAUUUAUAAAUAUGAUAAGUUGUUCCAUUUGGAAGAAAGAGUGUGCGCCUCCCUGUUUGUAUAAAGUCGAACUUCAUCUGGAUUCCGAACCCAGAGAUAGUUUUUUGUUUAGUAAAACGUGGAAGAAGGGGGUGGUCUUUGUCAAUGGAUUUAACUUGGGACGAUACUGGAAUGUCGGACCACAGCAGACACUCUAUUUGCCUGCACCAUUAUUGAAAGUGGGCAGAAACACUAUAUAUAUUUUUGAAAUGCACAAUAAAAUUUUAAGUAUUGACUUCUUAGAUAAACCAAUUUUGAAUCAAAGUUGUUGAUGUUUAUAAAUUUGUUUAGAAAUAUUUUGCAUAAAGUUUUAUAAAUUCGACUUAUGUGUAAAAGAAAAAUAUAUUUUUAUAAAUUUUUUAUAGACAGUGCCAAAUGGA